GUUGAGUAACAUGCAAUGUGGUCUGUAGCUUAUUUGUUGACAAUGUUGAAAUAUUUGGGUUGGAAAAUCGCAUGCUUGGUUUUAAUUUUCGAAUUAUGUCAAUGUAACGAAAACGUUUGUGAUCGACGUCCAUUGGGUACUAAGACGGAGCCCUUGCCACCGGACAACAGAUUCCAAAUUGAAAUAGUCGGAAUUGGAAAUAACAUGCGCUAUAUACCCUUACGACAGUAUCGAGUUCGUCUUUCCGCAACGGGUGAGGGUUCAACAUUUAUUGCUUUUACAAUAGCAGCUCGUGAAGAUACCAAAUAUAACGAUAAAAAUCCUAGAAAACCAAUACUACUAGAUGCAGGUUCCAUUAAAGUCUCUCCCGAUUUUCCUUCAAUACCGAGUCCUAAUUGCAAGAAUUCAGUAAUACAAUCGGAUAUCACUCCUAAAAAAUUCGUUGAGGUAUUAUGGCUAGCACCCCCCAAAGACAAUAAAUGCGUUACGAUAUAUGCAGUUUUGGCGGUAAAACCAGAUGUGUGGUACAAUUUCGAAGGACCACUAUCCAAGCGUGUCUGUGAGGAUCGUCGUAAUGUAGAGGACAUGCAACCGCCAGAAAACGAUGACUGUCACACUUGUGAAGAUGCUAAAUAUUUGCUCACAUUUGAUGGUAUUUGGUCCUACAACACACACCCGCAGAUGUUUCCAAAGACAAGAGAGAUGGCUCGCUUCAGUGACGUGGUCGGUGCGACCCACAAUAAGAAUUAUAAUAUAUUUAAUUCCAACUCCGUAGCAAGCUUAGGGCUGAAGAUGUUAGCUGAACAAGGCAAUACGACUAAAUUGGAGAUGGAGAUACUAGCUCAGUUAGGGUCAUCAGUUCGCUCGCUUAUAAAGGCGUCUGGGCAACCAAAGCCCAAUAUGGCAACAACAACAACAUUCAGGGUAUCUAAAGAAUAUCACCUCGUGUCGCUAGUGACAGCUAUACUGCCGUCACCUGAUUGGUUCCUUGGAGUCUCUAAUAUGGAGAUGUGUGAUGCGUCAAGUGGUACUUGGGCACCAAAUUUGACCUUGAAUAUUUAUCCGUUGGAUGCCGGUACGGACAGCGGUGCAACGUUUGAGGCAUCAAACGACGACACUAUGCCACCGCAACAGGUUGCCUCUGCGCCGAUUAAUAAGGAAGUACCCAAGGAACAAAUGAAGCCAUUUGCAAAGCUGAGAUUUGAGCUGAUAAGAACUUACUUGACAUCAGCAUGCCAAACGGAAACUUCUCCAACUCCAGACACAAGAGUAUUAGAAAAAGAUUUUAGUGAAAACAGUAAUAUUCCUCAGACAUCACCUGUACCGGAGGAACCGAUACUUCCUAUAGAUCCGGAUUCUUCAUCAGAUUGUCCCAUUACGGAGUGGGAGGACUGGUUGCCUUGUGAAGGGGAGUGUGUGGGCGACAAAUUGCAAGGUUUCCAAAGUCGCUUCCGGUAUCAUAUUGUUGAUGAUGUUCCCGUAGGAAAAUAUAGUGAAAACAGCGCUUCAUUCGCUGAUAAAGAAGUUUCGCCGUAUUGUUUAGAAAAUUACGACGACAGUGAGAUACAAGAAUGUGAAGAUACAUGUGAUGAAGAUGAGGAUGAAAAUGCUUAGUAUUCAUCGAAAUGUACAACAAUAUCACUAGAUUUAAAUAAGGAUAAUAUAAAACAGACCCAAUAUUAUACACCCAAGGAUGAUAAAAAUCUAUU